AAAAAAAAAAAAAAAUACAUAUAUAAUAAAUAUAUGUGCAACACAGAAAUUUUAUAUAAUAAUAAAAAGGAUCAUAUCAAAAAAUCAUCUCAACAUAAUAACAAUAAUAAUACAAAUAAAAAAACAUUCUCAACAAAGGAUACCUUUUAUUCCACAAAAAUACAACAAGAUUCAAAGAAAACGAUAAAUUGGUUGUCACAUGUGAAUUUAGAAAGACGUGAAAAUACAACAUUGAAAGAAAAAAAAAACGAAAUGAAAAUAUCAACAUUAAAACAUAUUAAUGAAGUAAAUCAUACAGGUUAUCUCAAAAUAGGAGAAAAUAAAAUAUAUAAAGAUAAUAUGAAAAAUAAUAAAAAUAAUAAAAAUAAGAAAAAUAAGAAAAACAAGACACAUAUUAAUAAUAAUAAUAAUAAUAAUAAUAAUAAUAAUGAUAAUAUUGAUAAGAAUCAUCAUUCUUAUAAUCAUCAUUUUUAUAGUCAUAAUUUAUUUAAUCAUCAUAAGAAAGAUAAUAUUAAUAAUUCCUUUUCUAUACAAUAUCAAAAUAAUACAAACAAACAAAAUUGUUUUACAAAUAAUAUCUCUAAAUUAAAUAAUUCUUCUUUCUUAAAAAAAAAUAAAGAUAAAGAUUAUGACGAUAAUGUUUUCUUAUCAGAGGACUUUAUAAAUUCUAAUAAUAUUUUUAUCAAAAAUAAUUCAUCGAAUAAUUCUUUGAAACUUACCGUUUCGUCUUCAUCAUCCAAUAUUAUUUCAUCUGUAUCUUCAUAUGAAACCAAGACAAAAAAAAAAAAAAAAAAAAAUGAAAACGUAAACGUAAACACAAUGGAUGUUAUAAAACACACUGAUAAUCAUAAUAAUAGUCAUCACAAAAUUGAAAACAUACAAAAAAUUAAUAGCAUAAAUAAAAACAUGCAUUAUGAAGAAAAUCAUAUGGACAGAAAUGAAUACAUUAAAAAAGAAACACCACAUAAUAAUAAUAAUAAUAAUAAUAAUAAUAACACUACAACAUAUAUAUUUCAAAAUAACAUGAACAAAGAUAUAUUUAAUACAUGCAAUAAGGAAAAUAAAAAUAUACCAAUCACCAAAUUAAAUAUAUCAGAUAAUAUUAUAAAAUAUAUUAAAGUUCUAAACAAAUUAAAAAGAAAUAUAUUAUGCAUAUUAAACAAGUGUAUACAAACAGAUGAUGUAAAGAAAAAAACACAUUCUUAUAAACAUAAAUAUUUUAUCAAGUUUAUGAAGGAAAUGAAAAAAAUAAUAAUAAAAAAUAAAAACAUAAAAAAUAAAAAAAUAAAAAAUAAAAACAUAAAAAAUAAAGAAAAGAAUAUUUAUUAUAUAUUUUUAGAAUAUAAUCAAAAUGUUUUGUUGCUUCAAAAAUUUUUUAAAAAGAAAAAAAUCUUAAUAAAAUAUAUAAAUCAAUUAUUUGAAAAACAUGUUCUUCCUUCUUAUAACAUUUUUGAUGAAAAUGAGAUCAAUCAAACAAAUUUGGAAAAAAUAAAAAAAGAAAAAAAAAAAUUUCUUGAUAAAAUGCUUAGUUUAAAAAUAAAGUUAUUAAAAAAUAUGGAUAUUCUACAAUUUCUUCCAAAAUAUAAGAAACAAGAAAUAUAUUUUAGAAAUAAUAAAUAUGAAAAUAUUAACCAGACUAAUGAUAUAUGUCCUAAACAUAAUGUGUCUUGUCAGCAUUUUUUACACUCUUUAAAUGAUAAAAAUGAACAAGAAGAACCCUACAAUUUGGAUUCUCUAUAUGAAGCACAAAAAAAUCAUUCAUCAUCUCUAAAUGAAAUAAAUCGAUAUUAUUCAGAGAAACAUAAAAAGAAUUAUAAAAGUGAUAAUAAAAGUGGUAAUAAAAGUGAUAACAAAAGUGAUAAUAAAAGUGGUAAUAAAAGUGAUAAUAAAAGUGAUAACAAAAGUGAUAACAAAAGUGAUAACAAAAGUGAUAACAAAAGUGAUAACAAAAGUGAUGACAAAAGUGAUAACAAAAGUGAUGACAAAAAUGAUAACAAAAGUGAUGACAAAAGUGAUAAACCAAAUUGUAGUUAUAUAUAUCCAGGCAGAUCAUCAUCUCUUUUAUACUCAUCAAUUGUAAAAAAAAACAUGAAGCAUAAUAAUAAUAAAAAAAAAAUAAAAAAUAAUGAAUACAAUAACAUUAACAUUAAAGACAAAAAUAAUUACAAUAAAAGUAACAACACGAACAAGCAAAAUUAUAGAAAUUCUAAUUCCAAUUUUUUUUUUUCAAAAAACACAAAAUUAAUUAACACUUUAUCGGAUGACAAAAAAAAACAAAAGCUUCCACAUAAACCAAAAAAUUCAUACAAACAAAUAAAUAUACUCCAUGAACAAAAAGGUAAUCAAAUUAAUAAUUUUGAAGAAGAUAAAAAAAAAAAUACCAUUAUAGUUGAAACAAACGAAAAGGUAGUUGAUCUGGUAUGUAACGAAAAUGAAAAAAUGGCUAGUCAAAUAAAUGAAAUAAAUCAUAUAAAUAUUAAGGGCGAUUUUAAAAAUGAAAUGACUACGACUAAAAUAUUAGAAAACAUAUCAAAUGAUAUAUUAACAAAUGAUAUAUUAACAAAUGAAAUAUUAGCAGUUGAAAAAUUAUCAAAUAUGGCUGCAAUAAAUAAAGUACAAAUAAACCAUUUAGAAUUAAAUAAAAUAAGAAACACAAAAGCUGUAGCACACAACAAUUUAAAUAACAUAUCCAGUAGAUAUACAAGUAUUAAUAAAAGCAUUGUUGAAAAUAAUAACUUAUAUCAUAAUUUAAUAGACCAUCAGGAUAGAUUUGUUAAUUUGAAAAAGCAAGAUAAUUUAUACUGUCCUUAUAAUAAUGUAAAUCCAAGAAAUAAUAAUAUAAUGAAUUUUUCUAAUAUUGAUAACAUUAAAAUUAAUAUUAUUAAUAAUAAUAUUCAAGAUAAUUUAAAUGAAAAGAAUUAUUAUUUAAUUGAUGAAAAUGAAAAGAAAUAUAAAGAUAUAAAUAUAAAUAAUAUGGAUAUACAGAAAACUCGUUUCAAUCAAAAUAAUGAACAUGUAAUAAAUAAUAAAAUUAAAAUAAUAAAAAAUAAUAAAAAAUUUUUAUGUGAUACUGAUACUGUGUUUUAUGAAAAUAAUAUACGUCCAGUAAAAAUAAUUCAAAAAAGAGGAAAUAACUAUAAUAUAAUUAAUAAAAUUAAAAAACAUAUAUUCAAAAAUUAUAAUAAUGCACUUGUUUUCUUGAAAAAACAAAUAUAUAAAACAAAUUGGUUAAUUCAUAAAAAUAAAAAAA